AUGUCGACGAAGAGUGCGCAAGGCAAUGGCAAUGGCAAUAGCAAGAAGCCGCCCUCUGCGGCCGUGAACUUGAUCGCUGGUGGCGGCGCCGGAAUGAUGGAGGCGCUCGUAUGUCAUCCUCUAGAUACCGUUAAGGUCCGGAUGCAGCUUUCGCGGCGCGCCAGAGCCCCGGGUGUAAAACCCCGCGGGUUUGUUGCCACUGGCGCUGAGAUUGUGAAGAAGGAGACCGCUCUGGGUCUCUACAAGGGUCUGGGAGCUGUCCUGGGAGGUAUUGUUCCGAAGAUGGCUAUCCGUUUCACCUCCUAUGAGUGGUACAAGCAAAUGCUUGCGGAUAAGGAGACGGGACAUGUCACAAGCAAAGCAACUUUCCUUGCCGGUCUAUCUGCUGGUGUCACCGAAGCUGUGGCAGUCGUCAACCCUAUGGAAGUCGUCAAGAUUCGUUUGCAAGCGCAGUAUCACAGUUUGGCCGACCCUCUCGAUGCCCCUAAGUACCGCAGUGCCCCGCAUGCACUUUUCACCGUGAUUAAGGAAGAAGGGUUCAGCGCUCUUUACCGUGGUGUCUCCCUGACAGCCCUCCGACAGGGAACAAACCAGGCCGCCAACUUCACUGCAUACAGCGAGCUGAAGGCUGCGCUCCAAAGAUGGCAGCCAGAGUACGCCGAUGCUCAACUCCCAUCUUACCAGACGACCGUGAUCGGUUUGAUCUCCGGUGCCGUCGGUCCCUUCUCCAACGCCCCCAUCGACACAAUCAAGACGAGGCUGCAAAAAACCCGUGCUGAGCCCGGCCAAUCAGCUGUGUCACGCAUUAUGGCCAUCGCCAACGAUAUGUUCAAGCAAGAAGGUGCACGCGCUUUCUACAAGGGUAUUACGCCUCGUGUGAUGAGAGUGGCUCCUGGUCAGGCCGUCACCUUCACCGUGUACGAAUUCCUCAAGGGCAAGCUGGAAAAAUCCAACUGGGCCUUCGUGGGAGGCAGCUUUGAAGAGUAG